AUGUCGGAUUUAAAGACUGACAAUUCGGAUUGUAUUGGAUUUGGCCGUUUUCUUUGGUGCAUGGUACAUUACUCAAAUAGCUCAAAAUUUUCGGGGUAUCAAGAGGGGCUUGUGUUUAGCUAUAAUUCGAUUGGGAAAAAUGUGUCCAACUAUGAGCAAUACAAUGAGACGUUGUCUAACACGAUGCAAGGACUCGUUACAGAAGCUAGCUAUGGUAAUUGGACUAAGGCUAAUUUCUCGACUAGGGCUGUUGAGGUAACGGGGUCUCAUGAGAAAAUCUUUGCACUAGUUCAAUGCGCGGCUGAUUUAUCUCCGGUAAAUUGCAGUAAAUGCUUAGGAGAAUUGUAUUCUUAUAUUCCAGAUUGUUGCAAUGGUUCUCAAGGUGGAGUUCUUGUUCAUGCUAAUUGUUUGAUGAAGUACAAUAAUCAGCCUUUCUUUGGCUUGGCUAGUCAUAGUUUUAUGCCAAGUUAUAUUCAUGUGAUAUUUCUCUUGUUAUUUACUAUGCACCUCACAAUUAUGUGA